AUGGCUCCCGCAUAUCGGGAAGAAGCUGACCGACUAAAAAUCGCUGAAAAAUUGGUGAUUCUUAACGGCAGAGCCGUCGGUCUUCUCACGAGGAUUUAUAAUAUCAAAAAAGCAUGUGCUGAGCCAAAAUCAAAACCCACAUUUCUCGGUGACAAAACGAUGGAAAGCGCCAUUAAGCACAUCGUCAAGAAAUUUCCAGUCAUCGAUUUACGCAGUAAUCAGUCGACUUUCUCAAAUGUGGCCAAUCAGAAAGAGGAGAUUGUUAAAUCGCUUUCUCUUUACUAUUACACAUUCGUCGAUUUGCUUGAGUUUAAAGAGCACACUCUUCAAUUUCUCACCACCAUGGAUGUAGCUCGUUGUCAUCUGGAUAUCACGUUGAACUAUGAGUUAACAGCCGGUUACUUGAAUCUAAUCACGAACUUUAUCUCGCUGAUGAUCUUACUCUCAAGGGUUGAUGAUCGAAAAGCGGUACUUGGAAUCUUCAAUGCCGCUUAUGACCUCUCAAAUGGCCACGGUGACUACUCGUUUCCGCGACUCGGUCAAAUGAUCAUCGACUACGAGAAUCCAUGGAGGAAAUUAUCAGAAGAGCUAGGCCCAUUGAACAGACUCAUUCACUCGGCCAUUCACUCUCUAUGCGCUGUCUAUCAUCGCAGGAAUGUGACCGCAGAGAUGUGGCGAUCAGCGCAAAUCCUUUCACUCUCUGCGAACUCUCAGCAAUUACUUUAUGCGGCUCAAACGGAUACGAUAGCUUGUGAGUACCUGUCGUUGGACGUGAUGGAUCGGUGGAUAAUCCUGCCUUCAAUAGUUUGCCAUAAUUUCUUGCUCAGUGAUGCGUUGAUUUUACGAAUGUGGACCUUGGCAUUGCAGAUGGGAUUGGCGUUGCGAAUAUUUCGAGAUGAGAUCCUCCUAUUGCACCCAACAAUUUUGGGAUUUUUCGAGGGAAAUAAAGGCCUAGGAAAACGGAUUCAAGAGGUGAAAGAAGCGCACGCCGUUGCUCUUCAACAGAGCCCAGCCAUUCACGCGGAUCGAAGACGAUUUCUCCGAAGCGCUUUGCGUGAGUUGCUCUACUUUUUCCGUGAUGAGCCCGGGCUACUUGGACCGAAAAUCCUCUUCGUUUGGAUGGGUCUUUCGUUUAGUCGAGAUGAGGUUUUAUGGCUGAUUCGACACAGCGAAAUUUGGCCUUCCUCAAAGAAAACUGGCUCCUCAGCAAAGGCUGGUGAUAAAACCGAGGAGUUGAGCGACAAGCAACUUCCCGAACUCUUGUACUAUAUUGAGGAGUUGAGAGAUCUUGUCAGAAAACAUGCGCAAGUCAUUCAACGAUAUCAUGAGCAGUACGUCGUCAGCUAUGACGCGAUUGCUCUCGGGGAGUUACUGGAUCAAGCAAGAACAAAGGGUCUACAAAAUGAUGAAGCUCAACUGUUGCAAUCUUUUGUAAGAGACAUUUCGUUGCCCGGCUCUCUAGUCGAGCAAAUGCUUGCCUUGCGCGCGAAACGACUUGACUGGUUCCGCUUUCAGGCGCUCACUUCAAUGGCCAAGUUCUCUUUCGAUCUCUCGCUUUGUCGCCCAUUGGCCGACAUGAUGAACACCACGGUUUUCCAUCUGAGAAUGAUCGAUCAACAAGAGGAAAUGCUGAAGGAAACAUCGGAUUUAUCUAUUUAUUGCUUCUAUGUUCGGACAUUGGAAAGACAUUGGCGACAGUGCCUCUCGUUGCCGACGUCUUGUCGAUAUACGCUCGCUUUCGCCCGUCUUUGCUCACAUUUCGCCUCAUCACUUCACGAAAUGUGUCCGGAAGAGAAAAGUCAUGUCAUUGAGAGGAGUCUGGCCAUGUGCAACUCGGUUUUGGAUGAGCUCUGUGAGACGAUUGGUGGAGUGAUUAUACAUUUAUGGGAGCACGAGCUUCAACUCGCCGAUCAAACAUCGGCCACACAGGUGGCUCAACAAAUCGUUAGUCAAGUGCUGCGCGAUCGGGUGAAAGCAUCAAAAUCGUCGGCCAACUUACCACAAACGGAUUUCAUUUUGGCUGGAGAGGAGAGUCAACGAUUGGAUCGACACGAGUUAACGUAUCAAGAUCGACGACAAACGACUUUGAUCGAAUUGUGUUGUGCGAUCUCUUCCGUCAAACAGGUUGUCGUCGCUGAGCACAUCUUUGCUCCACGAGAAUAUCUCUAUCAACAUCUUGAAAAUCGUUUCUCUGAGAUGGUCAUCAGAGCUGUUUCUGAAGAUGGCUCCACUCCUCGUCGUCCCUCGCAACUCCUAACGAUCAUCUAUUCUUAUAUGACUGUACUUCAAAACCUUGAUGCUGCAGUGACUAUUGAUGUGACACGGCUCUUCAGCUCGGUUCUCUUGCAACAGACACAACCAGUUGAUGGACGAAAUCGGGAAACGAUCACAGCUAUCUACACAAAAUGGUACCUCGAAGUGGUGCUUCGACGCGCAGCCACUGGGCAAAUGGUUUGGAGUGAUCAUUUGCAGGCCAUGAUCGGAAAUGGAGAAAAUAACGUUUUUGCGCCUGAACAAUACACGGAUCCUUCUGAAAUGAGAGCCUUAGUGCAAAUUUUGGGCCCAUACGGAGUGAAACAUCUCUCGGAAAGACUCAUUUGGCAUGUUGCGAGUCAAAUCGGAGAGCUGAACAAGCUGGUAAUCUCCAAUAAGGAAAUUUUACUCCUCGCUCGAUCGCAUUUCGAUCAAGCUGACAAGAUGCGUGAAGUGGCCUCCGUUCUAUCGUUUGAGCCAAAGGAUAGCAAAAAGAACCCUGGCGCCAUCUCUUCCACAACGGAUGCAAUUCUGCAGCGAACCUCCAUUAUUGGACAGAUUUUCUCUUUCCGCGAUGCUAUCCAUCAUGCGUUGAGACACGUCUUGGCUCGACGAUUGCCUUUUUUGAUUUCUUCUUAUCGAAAUCUCUAUGAAAGUGUUUGUGAUGACACGAAAGUGAUAAUGGCUGAGUUGGGCGCUUCGAUGGGUGAAGAGACUUUGGUUGACACGGCUCUCGUGAAUGCCGUUAGAGCACAGACGAAUUCCAUUUCACCCGAAGAACACUAUCAAAUAUCGUGUCUUCUCAUGGUGGCCAUCGCCAUUUCCCUGCCCCGUCUUGCUGAUAUGUCGAUGAGCAUUUACAAGCCAAGUAUACAAGCUGCUUUAAACAACUCGCACUGUGUCCCGUUGGCAAUCUCCACUCUCGGCUCAGCUCUUUUCCAGCUACACGGGAAAAAAGAUAUUAUUCAAAGAAUGAAAGAAUUUCUAGCGCUGGCUUCAUCAGCGAUUCUUCGUUGUGGACAUGAGUCUGAUGUGACUGGUGGAGAGAAAAGACCGUUAAACUUCUUAGCGAUUCUUCUUGAUCAAAUUGUCACAAAAUCGCGAUAUUUAACGGCCGACGUGCUGGAGACUUGUUUCCCAUACACUCUCGUUCGAACCGCCUACUUGGAAUGCUAUCAUAAAGAGUUGACCUUUGUAAAUAGU